AUGAGGCUGCUUUCCCUGGCAAUCACGGGCAGUAUUGUCGCCCACGCUACGGCUACCAACUACUAUUUUGACGGACUAGCGCUGUCCAACGGCACCGGCACUGUCUUGUCGCCAUUCAACAACCUCGAUGUCAUCCCUGGGCUUGCGCUGCAGCAAGGCGACCGACCCCUGUUGAAGCGCGGCACCUCCUUUACAUCCAGCCUCGCAUAUGGUGCCGGCGAGCUACCACCAUCUAUCCAAGCUCGCCCUGACCAGCUCAACAGCAUCCGGCUCCACGGCGCUUCCAACAUUGUGCUCCAGGACAUUGCCGUGACAAACCGCGGCGCCAACACGACGGCCCGCCGCGGCGUGUACAUCUACGGCGAGGAUGCGGGCGCUGUAAGCAACAUUCUUGUGCAGAGGAUGCACAUCCACACCGUCGAGGGGUACAUGCCGUCCACAGCCGAGGGGGACUUUCGAGUGGAUAAAUAUGCCAACCCAUCAGGCGGGAUCGUGCUCGAGGCGACCGGCAAUAAGACGGCGACGUAUUUCCAAAAUUUUACGGUACGGAAUAACUUGCUAGACGACGUCAACAGGCAGGGUAUCUACAUGUGGUCCAACUGGUGCCAGAGAGAUGCCUUGGCCACGUUUUGGUUCGACUUUUGUUUUGGCAAGUUUGUCCCGUCGACGGGGAUCAGGAUUCGGCGCAAUAAGCUGAGGAAUAUCGGCGGCGAUGCGACCAAGUCGGCCAGCGCAGGCAUCUGGGCUGCUAACAGCGACUAUGGCUGGUUUCACCAUAACGUCGUCUCUGGCGGAAAGACUACCGAAGAUGGCAUGUCGUAUGAUGUCGACCAUUCCACGUCUGGCACACUGUUUGAAUAA